UUAAAACCAAGGAGUGCAGCUUACUGUUCUUGAUUCUGAAACGACUGGGAAGCCAGUGGAGGUAUUUGGGCAUGGUGCUGGUGGAAGGGCUAUAUUUGUCAAGAUCCAGUUUAGUUCCUCAAGAGCUCAGGGAGGCUGUUUGGAGAGACCACAAAGUACAAUCAUUAUUGGAGAAAGCGGGUAAGAAGAGAGAAGAUCAUUGUCCGAACUAAGCCCGGGAAAUUGGAGGUUAAAACCACAGAGCUUCUUAACCCACCCUGCCCUAGAGAGGAUCCGCACACUCAGAGGGAGGAGGACUUAAUAAAGAUGGGACUUUCCUGUUCCCAGCCAAAUAUCGCUCCCAGCGCCAUGUGUCCGAAGCGACAGAAUCUGCAUCUCCAGUGAAAACAACACCCCUCCACUGACGUGCUAAGGGCAUGAAUCCCCGGGGAGCAGCUGGGAGCGGGUUGCCAGACCCCCAAACGGCUGCAAUCUCUUAGAUGGAACAAGGGAAAGAGCCAUGUGUCCCCAAUCUUCAUGCCUCCAUAGACAGGGAGAUCCCAAGAUAUCCAGCAGGUGAUGGGAUCAUGAGUGAAAACGAGGAGGAGAAUCCACAGCAGGAGGGUUUUCAGACAGAGGAGCCAAGUAUAGCAUUGUCAGAAAAAUCCAGAAGGAAAGAUUCCCAGAGCCCUGACUGGGAAGAGGACUGUGAGGAUGAGUGGGGGACAGAAAAUCAGGUGAGAAAUCUUCCAGGAAAGAAAUGGGAUGAAUCUCCUCCCCAAGAGAGAGGUUUCAGGAAACUCAAAGACAUCAUUGCCCAGCAAAGGCCUCACACUGGAGAGAAAUCUCAUAAAUGUUCUGACUGUGGGAAGAGCUUUAGUCGGAGAUCAAACCUCAUUCAGCACCAGAGGACCCACACAGGCCAGAGACCUUACGAGUGCCCCGAGUGUGGGAAAACCUUCAGCCUGCGCUCGACACUUACAAGACAUCAGCGAACCCACCUGCAGGAGAAGCCCUAUAAAUGCACUGAGUGCGGGAAGAGCUUCCGCCAGAGCUCAGACCUGAUUGCCCACCAGCGAGUGCACACAGGAGAGACACCGUACCGGUGUGCUGUGUGUGGGAAGAGCUUUGGGCGGAGCUCCAACCUGAGCCAGCACCAGACCACGCACAUGGGGGAGAGACCCUAUCAAUGUGCCGACUGCCUGAAGAGUUUCCGGAGCAGUUCGGCCCUGGUGCAGCACCAGAGGAGCCACACGGGAGAGAAACCCUAUCAGUGCUCUGAAUGCAGGAGCCGCUUCCUGCAGAGCUCGGACCUCAUCAAACACCAGAGGAUCCACACCGGGGAGAGGCCCUACCAGUGCCCCGCCUGUGGGAAAUGCUUCAGCCAGAGCUCCUCACUCACUGAGCACCAGAGGACCCACACCGGAGAGCGACCCUACCAUUGCACCGAGUGCGGGAAACGUUUCUGCCAGAGCUCCACACUCAUCCAGCACCAGAGGAUUCACACGGGGGAGAAGCCCUACAGAUGCACUGAGUGUGGGAAGAGCUUCUGCCGGAGCUCCAACCUGAAUCAGCACCUGACAAUCCACAUGAUAAAGAAACCUCAUCGGUGCACUGACUGUGGGAGGGGCUUCAGUCAGCUCACUAACCUUAUUAUACACCAGAGAAUCCACUCUGGAGAGACACCCUAGGACAGUGGUUCUCAGACUUUUGUAUUGGUGACCCCUUUCACACGGCAAGCAUCUGAGUGUGACCCCCCUC